AUGUCGUCUCAAAACCACAGAGUUGAGCUCUGUCUUAAGUUCAACUUCUGUCCACCAGCCACUCUCUCAAUCUCUAACCCCUCAGCAUCACCUUUGAAGCUGAUCGCCACCAUCCAACAAACCUCCUCGGUCUUCCCAGAUAGACCCGUUACUAUCUUGACCAAGUACUCAUGUCUCGACACUACGCCUCGUGAGGAUGCGUUCCGCAAGGGCGAUAUGCACUCACCGGAACUCGCAUUUUCUUCCACCCGACAAGUAGAUGGCUCUGCAAAAGUGCUUAACCUCCGACCCACAAAGCGCAUUACGUUCCACCGGAUAUCAGGCGACCCAGAUCUUGCCAAGCGCCCUGAGGAUCCCGAUACCCCUGGAUUCACUUUCAUCACAAUUCCUCCGGUAGGAAAAGGUUCUGUACAAGUUGUGUGGGAGCUCUCUGCUGAACGGCUUAUGUCGAGUCUCGGCGACGACUCAACCUCGCUCCAAGAAAAGCUUGAACAUUUUCUACGAGUCGGCGACACCUACCAUGUCUGGCCUGGCGAUCUUUCGAUUCGAUGGUGGUCAUUUGGCUCCUUGGAAGACCCGGAAGGCUUGAAAGGCAAGAAAAUCUCGCGCUUCAGCUUUUCUGACGAUCUGGGGUUGGAUAGGGAAAAGGGAGCAGAUGAAAGCGAAGAGGUUGUUAGUAAGAUGCAGGAUCUUAUUGAUUUGCAUAACGUGAACAAGUUGUCUUCGAGAAGCGCCGUGGAAGGAGAAGAGAAGCCAGAUAUUAAGAAGAUGAGGGAGGAAGGGUGGAUUUUCGGAGAACCGCCAGGGCUGUUGAAGAUGAUCGCGCAAGACGAAGACAAAGUAGCGACUUUCAAGAUCGUAGAGUAA